AUGGAGCGCUCUCAGAGCCGCCUCAGCCUGUCCGCCUCCUUCGAGGCGCUCGCCAUCUACUUCCCCUGCAUGAACUCCUUCGACGAAGAGGACGCUGAUGGAGAUGGCCGGAGACUAAAGGGAGCCAUUCAACGAAGCACAGAGACUGGCCUGGCCGUGGAGAUGCCCAGUCGGACCUUGCGUCAAGCCAGCCAUGAAUCCAUUGAGGAUAGUAUGAACAGCUAUGGCUCCGAGGGCAAUCUUACCUAUGGAGGUGUGUGCCUCGCAUCUGAUGCUCAGUUCAGUGACUUCCUGGGCAGCAUGGGGCCUGCACAAUUUGUGGGACGUCAGACUUUAGCCACCACAUCCAUGGGAGAUGUGGAGAUCGGGUUGCAGGAGAGGAAUGGACAGCUUGAAGUGGACAUCAUCCAAGCCCGAGGUCUAACAGCCAAACCAGGCUCCAAGACCUUGCCAGCGGCCUACAUCAAGGCCUACCUGCUGGAAAAUGGUGUGUGCAUUGCCAAGAAGAAGACCAAAGUAGCUCGGAAGUCUCUGGAUCCCCUGUACAACCAGGUGCUCCUGUUCCCCGAGAGUCCUCAGGGCAAAGUAUUGCAGGUGAUCGUGUGGGGCAACUAUGGACGGAUGGAACGCAAGCACUUCAUGGGCGUGGCGAGGGUGCUUCUGGAGGAACUGGACUUGACCACCCUGGCCGUGGGUUGGUACAAGCUCUUCCCCACAUCAUCCAUGGUGGACCCUGCCACUGGCCCGCUACUGCGCCAAUCCUCUCAGCUGUCCCUGGAGAGCACCGUGGGGCCCUGUGGGGAGCGCUCGUAGUGGCUGAACUUGGGGAGGGGUUGCCCAGAGACUAUGCCUGGAUC